AUGCACACACUGCAAGUGAUCGUCUUAAGUCUAUACUGUUUCGCUGUAAUACAAGCAGCUAAAAUAAUCUCCAGCCCUGAUGAUAUCGACUGGUCUACGGUACGAUCGAUAAGAGAAAAACCUGGCUAUGCUCCCGUCGAGCAAACUUCGAAUCGCUCUGAACGCAUCCUGAACGGAAUUACGGUAGCCCGCGGAGAUAUUCCUUAUGCGGCGGCCAUUUUGAUCAGUGAGGAGUUUGCCACCUACUUUUGCGGUGGAGCACUAGUAUCGGAGCACUUUGUACUGACAGCUGCAACUUGUGUCGAUGGCGAUCGUGAUCUAUCGAUCACGGUUCUGCUAGAUGCAGCGCAGAUAAACACAGCGGGAGAGUUUAUUGCCGUGUCGGAGACUAUAGUACAUCCGGCGCCGAGUGAUCAUAAUAUUGCAUUGCUUCGUCUAAAUCGUGCUGUUCGACUCAAUGACAACAUUCGUCCUGUCACUCUGCCCAACCGUAGACAACGCACCAUGACAUUUGUCAAUCAGCUGGCAUCGAUUUCGGGCUGGGGUCGAACUGCGUCCAACACGAACGAAGCGUUGCCGCUGAACAAUCUACGAGUGGUGCGUAACCACGUGAUGAGCAAUUUCAACUGUGGCGUAUCCUUUCCGUUUCAAAUUUCCGAUCAGCACAUCUGCAUAACGGGUGACAGUGGUAGUGCAUGUGCGGGUGACGAGGGUGGACCACUCACAACGGUGGACGUGGUCACGGGACGUACGUUUUUGAUUGGCUUGUACUCGUUCACGUCGUUCCUGGGUUGUGGUAUGGGUCGUCCGACUGUACAUACUCGCAUCACGGAAUAUCUGGAUUGGAUCGAAGCGAAUUCGGACGUGAUCAUACUGGACAACUGGAAUACAAGAGUGGUGUAG